AUGGAGGCCAGGGCUUUGCACUCCCGGAGACAAAGGCAAGUCCUAUUUCUCUUUUUGUUCUGGGGAAUGUCCUCUGCAGGUCGUGAGUUUGGACAUUAUUCAGUGACUGAGGAAAUAGAAAGAAGAUCAUUUGUGGACAAUUUGGCAAAUGAUCUGGGGCUAGCGGUGGAGGAGCUGGCUGCGAGGAGAACUAGGGUGGUUUCUGAUGAUAACAAAUGAUACUUGCUCCUGGAUUCACAUACUGGAGAUUUGCUCACAAAUGAGAAGCUGGACUGGGAGAAGCUGUGCGGCUCCACAGAGCCCUGUGUGCUGUACUUCCAAAUUUUAAUGGAUAACCCCUUUCAGAUUUACCGGGCUGAACUGAGAGUCAGGGAUAUAAAUGAUCACUCGCCGGUAUUUCAGGACAAAGAAAUGGUCUUGAAAAUCCUAGAAAAUAGAGCUGAAGGGACAGUCUUUCGACUAGAAAGAGCACAGGAUUCUGAUGGAGGACUUAAUGGUAUCCAAAACUACACGAUCAACCCCAACUCUUUUUUCCAGAUUACAGUUAGUGACAGUGAGUAAGGCACCAUAUACCCAGAGCUAGUGCUCUACAAAUCCCUGAAUUGGGAGGAGCAGCAGGAGCUCAGUUUAACACUCACAGCACUUGAUGGUGGAUCUCCACCCAGGUCUGGGGGUGCCACUAUACAUAUUGUGGUUGUGGACAUCAACGAUAACGCCCCCGAGUUUUCCCAAGCACUUUAUGAGACCCAAGUUCCAGAAAACAGCCCAUUAGGCUUCUUUAUUGUUAAAGUCUCUGCAGAAGAUAUAGACUCAGGAGUCAAUGCAGAAGUAACUUAUUCAUUUUUUGAUGCCUCGGAAGAUAUUCGAUCAACCUUCCAAAUCAAUCCUUUUUCUGGGGAAGUCAGUCGCAGAGCAUUGCUUGAUUAUGAGUUGGUAAAAUCUUACAAAAUAAAUGUACAGGCAGUAGAUGGUGGAGGACUUUCUGCAAGAUGUACAGUUUAGGUACAGGUAUUAGACACCAACGACAACCCUCCUGAAAUGCUCAUGUCUUCACUUUCCAACGUUAUUCUUGAGAACUCUCCUGAAACCAUACUGGCAGUUUUUAGGAUUAAAGACAGAGACUCAGGAGAAAAUAGAAAGAUGGCUUGUUAUAUUCAAGAAAAUCUGCCUUUCCUUCUAAAACUGUCUGUGGACAAUUUUUACAUGCUAAUGACAGAAGGAGCACUGGAUAGGGAAAACACAUCCGAAUACAACAUCACCUUCACGGUUUCAGACAUGGGGACUCCCAGGCUGCAAACGGAGCACAGCAUAAGCGUGCAGGUGUCCGACGUGAACGACAACGCCCCGGCCUUCACGCACACCUCCUACACCCUGCGGGUCCGCGAGAACAACGGCCCCGGCCUGCACAUAGGCAGCGUGAGCGCCACAGACAGGGACGCGGGCACCAACGCCCAGCUCACCUACUCGCUGCUGCCGCCCCCAGAGCCGCACCUGGCCCUCGCCUCGCUCGUGGCCAUCGACGCGGACAGCGGGCAGCUGUUCGCCCUGAGGCCGCUGGACUACGAGGCCCUGCAGGCCUUGGAGUUCCGCGUGGGCGCCGCCGACCGCGGCUCGCCCGCGCUCAGCAGCCAGGCGCUCGUGCGCCUGCUGGUGCUGGACGCCAAUGACAACUCGCCCUUCGUGCUGUACCCGAUGCAGAACGCCUCUGCGCCCUGCACCGAGCUGCUGCCCAGGGCGGCCGAGCCGGGGUACCUGCUCACCAAGGUGGUGGCGGUGGACGGCGACUCGGGCCAGAACGCAUGGCUGUCCUACCAGCUGCUCAAGGCCACGGAGCCCGGGCUCUUCAGCGUGUGGCCGCACAAUGGCGAGGUGCGCACCGCCAGGCUGCUGAGCGAGCGCGACGCGCCCAAGCACAGGCUGUUGGUGCUGGUCAGGGACAAUGGCGAGCCGCCGCUGUCUGCCAGCGUCACGCUGCACGUGCUGCUGGUGGAUGGCUUCUCCCAGCCCUACCUGCCGCUGCAGGAAGCGGCGGCCGAGCAGGGACGGGGCGACGCGCUCACCUUGCACCUGGUGGUGGCCUUGGCGUCGGUGUCGUCGCUCUUCCUCUUGUGUGUGCUGGUGUUCAUGGCGGUGCGGCUGUGCAGGAGGAGCAGGGCGGCCUCUCUGUCUGGCUGUGCGGUGUCCCAGGGCCACUUUCCGGGCCACCUGGUGGACGUCAGCGGUGCGGGGACGCUGUCCCACAGCUACCAGUAUGAGGUGUGUCUGACAGAAGGUUCUUCUGGGACCAGUGAUUUCAAGUUCCUGAAAGUGAUUUACCCUAGUAUACAUGCGUAUGGUCCUGGAGGAAAGAGUGAAGGAAACCCCACUUUCUGA